UCCUGCCCCGCCAACAACUGCACCCCCAGGCAGCACACACGCGGGUCACGUGACCCAGCCGCCCGGAGCCAGCGGAGGAGCAGCAGCAGCAGCAGCGCGAGCGCAGGCAGGACAGCCCGACCGUUAAAAAUACAAACAUUUAAAUUUAAAAAUUAAAAUAACGGCCGUGGCUCUGCGCUCGAGUUUCUCCUUCAGCUUUCUGGGUUCUUCAGUAGGAUUUUUCUGUUUGUUUCACUCGAGUUUUCCUCAAACUGGAAGAACUGACAAACUAACUUUAAUCCAGGCGCCGUCAUGGAUCCCGGGGAGUUCAGCCCGAGCGAUGGGAACGUCUUGGAGCGGAUUUCGGACUGAUUUUAGGUCAAUGUAAAGUUUAAGGGACUGUCUACAGACAUAGUUCAGCUUCAGCUGGAUCCUCUGAAGGCUUUUAAUGAACUGUUUCUGGAUAAACAGGACAGCUGUCGAGAGGAGAAUAUUGGGAACAGUGGGAGAAGUGGUGGAGUCCACUUCGCCUCCUCCUGGCUCUGCUUUCCCGAUGUUUUACCGUUUCCUUUCGGGAUAAAAAAACGCAAACCUUUGUUGGAAGUGUGCAGUUUUCUCUUCAGAUGCUUUACUGACUGGUUUCACUGGGAAUAAAGAGAUAUAACACCAGGAAAAGAGCUGGAGUUGGACUGGAGCAGUGCAGCCCCUGUUCGCUCUCCCGAGUUUGAUUCAAAAGUUAGUUAGCAGUUAGCUAAGGGGGCAAGAUGGCGGCCGAUUCCGUUCAGGGUGAUGCUCGUAGCCACAUGGUGUCGGACCGCCUGGGCCUGGGCCACAACCUGGACCUGUCGGACACCAUGGUCCAGCAGAAGCUAGACGAGAUAAAAGAUCAGAUCAAACGGGAGAUUCGCAAGGAGCUGAAGAUUAAGGAAGGUGCAGAGAACCUGCGGAAAGUUACCACAGAUAAGAAGAGCCUGGCGUAUGUGGACAAUAUGCUGAAGAAGUCCAGUAAGAAGGUGGAGGAGCUGCACCAGGAGCUUCAGGAGCUGAAUGCCCACAUAGUUGUGAAGGACCCAGAUGAGCUUUUAGUUUCUGAGUGUCCUUUGACCCCAGACACCCCCAGCAGUGAGACUCGGACUUGCACCAACAGCAGCCGCCUGGCAGCACUGAAGAAACAGAAUGACAUUGAGCUGAAAGUCAAACAGGGAGCGGAGAACAUGAUACAGAUGUACUCCAACGGCUCGUACAAGGAUCGCAAGCUGCUUGCCAUGGCCCAGCAAAUGCUCCAGGACAGCAAGACAAAAAUAGAGUUCAUCAGGAUGCAGAUCCUUAAAGCUAGCCAGACCAACGAGGUGACUUACGAGAACAAUGACGUGCCUGCAAACAAGUCCAUUAUCAGUCCGCUGGACCUGCGGUUGGAGGAGCUGCGUCAUCACUUCAGGAUUGAAUCUGCUGUGGCAGAGGGAGCCAAGAAUGUGAUGAAGCUGCUGGGUUCGGGGAAGGUGACUGAAAAGAAAGCCCAUUCAGAGGCACAGGCACGUUUUAACGAAUCUAGCCAGAAGCUGGACCUGCUGAAGUUCUCCCUGGAGCAGAGGCUAAGCGAGCUGCCCAAGAACCACCCGAAGGCCAGUGUGAUCUCAGAGGAGCUGGCCAUGGUGGCCUCCCCUCCUCAAAGCCCACGGCAAAGCAUAAUCUCCUCACAAAACCAGUACAGCACUGUGGCCAAACCUGCUGCCCUUACCGGGACGUUAGAAGUAAGACUCAUGGGCUGUCAGGACCUGCUGGAAAAUGUUCCCGGCCGGUCUAAAGCAGCGUCUGUCUCCCUGCCUGGCUGGAGCCCCAGCGAAACACGCUCCUCCUUCAUGAGCCGAACAAACAAGAACAGAGCCGGCAGCAGCAGAAAUCUCUCCAAAGCAGAUGAGCUGUCCAAUGAGAUCAGUGCAGUUCUGAAACUGGACAACACAGUGGUGGGGCAGACUACCUGGAAGCCAGUCAGCAACCAGUCCUGGGACCAGAAGUUCACACUGGAGCUUGAUCGGUCUCGAGAGUUGGAGAUAUCUGUGUACUGGAGAGACUAUCGCUCUCUGUGCGCUGUGAAGUUUCUGCGGCUGGAGGACUUCCUGGAUAACCAGCGGCAUGGCAUGUGCCUCUACUUGGAGCCACAAGGAAAAUUGUUUGCUGAGGUUACAUUUUUCAAUCCAGUUAUCGAAAGACGACCAAAACUACAAAGGCAGAAGAAAAUCUUCUCAAAACAGCAAGGUAAAACAUUUUUGCGGGCCCCUCAGAUGAACAUAAAUAUUGCCACAUGGGGUCGUUUGGUAAGGAGAGCCAUUCCAUCUGUCAACAACUCCUUCAGUCCCCCGGUGGCAGAGCUGGGGUCAGCUCUGAGUCCUGAACCUGGAGCAAUCGGUCACCCAGACUCACCGCCUCUGUCCAGUGACCCGACCGUGACCAAAUUAGACUUUGACAAAGGAGCCACUCCUCCUUCAAACCGGCACUCAAACUCUGUGGAACUAGAAGAAGAACUGCCAACAAAGGACAAAGUCCCAGAUGGAAGGGAAGUGCAGGAUGCGUUAGCCACCUUUGACUUCCUGAACGACAGUCGCAACAGUGCAGUGACCAAACCGGACUACGACAGUUUGGUGGUAGAUGAUGUUCAGCAACCUGUCCUGGAGCUGAGCAGUCAAGAGAUAACUGAGAAAAGGGAAGAACCGGAGAUCCAGUUCAGUAUUAGAGACUUUAAGUGUGUGGCAGUUCUGGGUCGUGGACACUUUGGAAAGGUCUUACUGGCGGAGUACAGGAGCACUGGAGAAAUGUUCGCCAUCAAAGCUCUGAAAAAAGGGGAUAUUGUGGCUCGGGAUGAAGUUGACAGUCUUAUGUGUGAGAAGAGGAUCUUUGAGACGGUGAACAGCGUCCGGCACCCAUUCCUGGUCAAUCUCUUCGCCUGCUUCCAGACCAAGGAGCAUGUGUGCUUUGUGAUGGAGUAUGCUGCUGGAGGGGAUCUGAUGAUGCACAUCCAUGCUGAUGUGUUCUCAGAGCCACGGGCUGUUUUCUAUGCUGCCUGUGUAGUACUAGGCCUGCAGUUCCUGCAUGAGCAUAAAAUUGUGUACAGGGACUUGAAGCUUGAUAACCUGUUGCUGGAUACUGAAGGAUAUGUUAAAAUUGCCGACUUUGGUCUCUGCAAAGAAGGAAUGGGUUAUCAAGAUCGUACUAGCACAUUCUGCGGCACUCCCGAGUUUCUUGCUCCUGAAGUCCUGACGGAAACCUCGUACACGCGGGCAGUGGACUGGUGGGGGCUGGGCGUGCUCAUAUUUGAGAUGCUGGUUGGAGAGUCCCCGUUUCCAGGUGAUGAUGAAGAGGAGGUGUUUGAUAGCAUUGUAAACGAUGAAGUUCGUUACCCGCGAUUUCUGUCUACAGAGGCCAUAUCCAUAAUGAGACGGCUGUUGAGGAGAAAUCCGGAUAGGCGUCUUGGUGCAGGAGAGCGAGAUGCUGAAGAAGUGAAGAAGCAUCCAUUUUUAAGAAAUGUGGACUGGGGUGCGCUGCUUGCUAAGAAGAUCCAGCCACCGUUCGUCCCGACCAUUAAAGGCAGAGAGGAUGUCAGUAACUUUGACGAUGAGUUCACCUCCGAAGCACCAAUACUGACCCCACCUCGGGAGCCCAGGGUUCUGACAGCCAAUGAACAGGAGCUUUUUACAGACUUUGACUACAUAGCUGACUGGUGUUAGUUGGUUUAGCCCCUCCCCCUGACCAUCACAGCCCUUUUGCCCACAUGUGUCCAAUACUGUGAACCAAACCAAACAACCAACAUCCACUGCCAGAGCAAGCAAGCGACUCGAGGACCUCUUGGGCACUCUUCGAGGAAACACUACAUAAUUUUCUUCCCAAUUUAUUCUAGCUAAUUCUUCCCCCAUUGGUUUUAAUAAUUUUUGAGUCUGGACAAGCGUAUGCCUUCUCCGAAACAUGUGAAAUCAAACUCUGCCUCUUUUCUAACUGCAGCCAAUCAAUCAUUAGCCUUUCACAACACAGUCUGUGGAAAGUGCCAGAUCCCCAGCUCUGAUGCAUCCGAUAACAGUCGCCUGUGCUGACAAGCUUCACAAUGGUAUUAAUGAUUGGAGAGAGCAUGGCCAAUUUUACUCUCUCAGACUUCGGCUACUGAUGGCGAAGGAGUAUUACCCAGGAUUUGAGCUCUGCUGAGCCGCUCAGAGCCCCCUGAAUUCUUCAUCAACUAAAAUAGUUCAAGGAGAUUUAGUUUUUUUUUUAUUUUAUUUUCUGUUUUUGACGUCAGAGCACUGGGAUUUUUGAUAAGUGGGCUCUCCUUUAAGAGCUCACCUCUUGAACAGGUUCGAUGAAGUCUUCUCUCUUCCCUUUUUUACUAGCUAAUCAUAGAAGAACACUUUUUGAAACACUCUUUGCCACAGUGUGUGUUCUCAAGGCUGAAAUGUACUUGUUAUCUGAAACACGAGAAAAAGUUAUUGAAUCCAGACAAGCAGCACAUUCAUUGCUAAAUUACUGCAGUUACGUCAGGCUGCACAAGCUCAGACAAUCUCCACCCCCGCAAACUAAAGACUCGUCCCACUUAAGAACACUAUCUUUUGAUCCAUGUAUUUAUUUAGUCUUUUCUCCCCACAAUGCCUUAAAUUCUUAACAGAUAGUGAGCGAGCUUCCAGACAAGAGUAACUGUCAGGUACUGAAAACUUACCAAAACAGGCUGCCAAACUGGCUUCGUCUCAUCCUUGACUUUGUCUUUUUGGAUGAGUUUGAUGAGUUCCUUGGCCAAGAACAUACAGUUGGACUUGAAAGAUUAAAGAGAUUGUGCUAUUAAUUUUUCAUCUUUGGUGGUUUUCAGACUUUAAAUAUUUUAAUAUUUCUCUUUAAACAUCAUUGUACUCCCAUCAUUGACAAGCAAACAAAUGUAAGUUAUAGUUUUAUACUAUAUAUAUUUUAGGAUAUUAUUAGGAUCUUGGAUCUGCUGUAUGGUAUGCAUAUGUGUGAUCUUUUUUUUUUUAACAUAUGAAUUGUGUAUGGUUAUCAUUGGAGAGGGCAGCUCAAAUGUGAGAGCAAUCAUACUUCAACUUCUCAAAUGGAAUGUAAAAAUGUAUAUUCAUAAAACAAAAAUGUAUAUUUUUUGGCACGUGGAUAUGCCAAAGCGAGACUGUGUAUUUUUAAUAGUCAUUUUUUAAAAGGUAUUUGUUCAUAGUGUGUGACUCUUCUAGGAUCUGGUCAGUCGGUUGAGCCAUUUCUUGGCUCUUUGUGUGUUCGCACGCCAACAGCACAGCAAGCGAUACCAUGGAGGAGUGAUCAUGUAUUAAACAAAUUGGGAAGUUGACGUUUGGGAAUUCCUAAGGGUUUGAUGAGGAUGAAUCCCAUGCAAAAAUGGAAUCCAGCUCUUCCCUGAACUGCUGGCAUGCAGAAGACUGUCCUGCACCACCUCCACCCUCUACCCCUCCAUCAGAAGAAGCUCUUAUGGACUCUCGCCAACAACUUCACUCAGUGUAUCACCAAACCUCUUUCAAAUACACUCUGUACACACA